UCCGCGCUGCCAAUGGUUGGCUUCGGCUUCAUGGACAACACGGUGAUGAUCCAGGCCGGCAACGCAAUCGACUGUACCCUCGGCGUGUCUUUCGGCCUCUCCACCCUCACGGCACUCCGCGCCGCCGCCUUCGGCCAGGUCUGCUCCGACUCGGCCGGCGUGCUCUUUGGC